GUGGAGCGGAGGGAGACUGGGAGACUUGCAGGGCAAUGCUUAAAUAAGGUAGACAAAAAGAGCGCCUUUUGCAUCACUGAGGCCCCCGGAUGGUAUCAGACCAGGGAGGAGGGAGCUGGCCCGGUAUGUGGAGCGACUAUCGAUUUCAUCCCCAUGACAGCAUUAAGUCAGCGUGCAAAGACAAAGUGAACGGUGUGGAGGGGGAGAUCGGCUCACUGCUCGGCUGCUAAUCAUCCGUACCAUCGCCAUUUCAUCCAUUCCCUCCGUUGUGCAUCCUCCCUCCCCUUCCUGCAGCCCACCCUACACUUGGCCCCACUUGGCACCGCCUGGCGCCUGUCCCUCUUUCGCCUUAUCCUCUCUUUUCAGUUUACCCUCCACCCGCGCGCACCAUGUAUCUCAACCAAAAGUCAGUCAAGGCGCUGGAAAACCUGCAGAACCACCCCCAGUCGGUCGAUAACUACAAGGCCGCUAAACGAUCUGCAGUGCUGGUGGCGUUACUGCCAAACAGUGAGGGGGAUCUCGAGGUCAUUCUCACUGUUCGAGCCUCCACUUUGCGCACCAAUGCUGGCGACUCGGCCUUCCCUGGAGGCAAAGUGGACCCGGAGGACGUUGAUCUAAUUGCUACAGCUAAAAGAGAGGCAUUCGAGGAGGUCCGGCUGGCAACGUCCGAGUCCCAAACCCUCACGAUCCUGACACCAGUGCUCUCGCGGCAUUUCCAGGUGGUGACACCUGUUGUCGUCUACUGUCCCGCUAUGACCACAGCGGAUCUCUCACUGCUCUAUCCAAACCCUGGUGAGGUUGCUGCCAUUUUCACAGUACCAUUGGAGUACUUCCUAAGCCCACGGCCAGAGGACCACAAGUCGUUUGAUAUGCAAUGGAUGAUCGCCGAAUACAGGAUCCAUCGCUUUGAACGAUGCGGAAGCAGCAAUUACAUCCUGGGCGAGCCAGACAAGACCAUAAAGUCAGACGCAUCUACACCAAGCUGGCCGGUGUAUGGCAUGACAGCAGGCGUGCUGAUCGAGGUGGCCAAGAUUGCAUACCAGCGGGAGCCGGAUUUCGAGCCCUAUUCACCGAAUCAGGUCCGCGAUGACUCCUUGAUGACAGAGUGGUAUAAUCGGACACAUGGCCUUCGCUCCUCGAUAUAAUACACUAUUCGUACUUUAUUUCAUUUGUAAUAAAAGUGAACUUGAGGAGUUCCAGAGAUUGGACA